CAUGCCGUGUGACGUCAUUCUCCUGCGACUCCUCUCGGCUGUCGCGUGCCGGCGCAGCUGCUAGCUGAGUUUAGCUCGUUUUUCUUUAAAAGUCUCUCUGUUUAAACGCUUUAUUUUCUCAGUAACGCUUGAACACACACCGGGAGGUUGAGGAUGAGUGUGUGUAUGCCUCAGAAGAAGUUUUAUCGGCAGAGAGCUCACUCUAACCCCAUGGCUGAUCACUCAUUCGAGUAUCCUGUGUGUCCGGAGCAGAUGGACUGGUCUCCGCUUUAUCCGGAGUUUUUCAGCUCAGACGGUGAGCAGAUGGAGACGGAGGGAGGACGGAGCACUCGGGUGGAGUUCGCUGAUAUCGGGUGUGGAUACGGAGGACUGCUGGUGGAGUUAUCGCCGCUGUUCCCUGAUCAGCUCAUUCUGGGUUUGGAGAUACGAGUUAAAGUCUCAGAUUACGUGCAGGACCGAAUCCGAUCUCUCCGAGCCUCAGAACCGGGAAAAUACCAGAACAUCGCCUGCCUGCGCAGCAACGCCAUGAAAUAUCUCCCCAACUUCUUCACUAAAGGACAGCUCAGUAAGAUGUUCUUCCUCUUUCCGGAUCCACAUUUCAAAAAAACGAAGCACAAAUGGAGGAUCAUCAGUCCAACUUUAUUAGCGGAAUAUGCAUACACACUCCGAGUCGGGGGUUUAGUUUACACCAUGACAGACGUAGAGGAAGUGCACGUGUGGAUGGUGAAACACUUCACAGAGCAUCCGCUAUUCAGCCGAGUGUCUGAGGAGGGGCUGCAGGAUGACAUCAUCGUGGGCCGUUUAGGAACGUGUACAGAAGAAGGGAAGAAGGUGCAGAGGAACGGAGGGAAGAACUUCCUCGCUGUGUUUCGCCGAGUCGAGGAUCCGAGCUGAAACGCUUUCGUCUAAACCCCGGACUGAUCACGUGACCAUCAAAACCCCGGACUGAUCACGUGACCAUCAAAACCCCGGACUGAUCACAUGACCAUCUGAUCUACAAACAGGCUGUUUAUCUCUGGACUGAGAACACGUUUCCUGAGUCAUAUUUUAUAUGUUUACACUCUGAGAUUAGAUUCUGUGGAUAAAGUGCUAAAUAUUUCAAUUCAGAAUUGUUCUGUUUAAAUAAUCAAAAAAUAAAACAUUUUUUCAUGUUG